AUGUCAAAGGAUCGCAAAGAAUUGCCUCGUCUGGACCUUCCGGCCUGUUCCAACAAGGAUGAAGAUGCAUCUCCGGAUUCUGGCUAUAACACGAGCAACCCCUCUUCACCGACGUUGGACGACCUUGCUAUUUCAAAGAUAGCCGUAGAUCUGGCCCGCUUUCUGGACUACUCAGCCCCUGACAACUUGUUGGAGCACAUCAGCCUCGUCCUGCCAUUUCAGUCCUUCCUGACCUCGGAAGACGCCAUGUUCCUGAUCACCGCCCAGAAACCAGCUACUCAGCAGGACCUUGAACGGUUGGCUAUCGUCAUCGUGGGACCCAACAACGUCGCUCUUCCCAUCCUCAACAACACCGCGGUUUCCGAAGAUGGGAUUCUUUACACCUUUCGAUCCGUCAUCCCCGGAAUUCACACCAUCGACAUCUUCCACAACGCCAUCCACCCCAUCCGAGGCUGUCCAAUGCAGAUCCUGUUCUCAAGGAACUACCAGCGUCUGACCAGCAUCCUCACCUGGGAACUUCCAGACAAAGCAUCGUCCGACAUUUGCAACCCGUGGGGACUCUGCUACAACACCAAGACCGAGCAACUCUGGAUCGCCGACCGAAUCAACCACAAUCUCAUCGUCUACAAACCGGAUGGAACUCUGGACUUCGUCGUUGGACAAUUUGGAGCUGGACCAGGAGAAUUUUUCCGACCCACCGCCCUCGCCUACGAUGCCAACUCGGAUCGGAUCUUCGUCUCGGACAAGGACAACCAUCGUAUCCAGAUCUUCGACGCCAAGGAUGGGGCUUUUCUGUCCACUUUUGGGAGUAAAGGAGAAUUAGCUGGACAGUUUCAAUUGCCUUGGGGAAUAGCCGUCUCUCCGGAUGGAUCCACAGUCGCCGUGGCUGACACCCGGAACCACCGAAUCCAGUUCUUCGAUGCUGCUGGGAACUAUCUUCGGGAAUUUCGAGUAACCGGACCUAAAGGAAACUGGAAGGAAUACCGGCUGGUCUUCAACUAUCCCCGUGGACUGGCCUUCAACCUGACGGGGGACACGCUCUACGUCUCGGACUUCAACCUCCAGCAAGUCCACCAGCUUCGACUCAAGGAUGGACAGGUGACCUUGCGGCCCUUCAUCUCACCCGGAAUCCUCCAUCGCCCAUCCGGACUUGCAGUCGACGAAGCUGGGAACCUGAUCGUGGCCGACACGCGAAAUGAUGUCCUCCGAGUCUUCACGCCCAAUGGCGACCUCCUCCGAUCCAUCACCACCAUUAUCACCGAUCCCCUCAACGCCAACAUCCGCUUCAAACUCCCAACCGACCUCGCAAUCUUUCCGAAGAAAGGACUCGUCGCCACCCUCGACAACAAAGGACGCGUCACAGUGUUUUAG